AUGGGUGGUUCUUUUUAUGNAGGGCUACGGUCGUGCAGAGGAGAAGGCUGGCGCUGGCGGACAAUGACAGGAGUGAAGAUACUGCUGUGCAAGCAGGUGUGCGUGCAGGUGAAGAAAAUGGCGAAGGAGAGCCUCUUCAAAUUUUGAGAAUUACCUCUCCAAAUACUGAAGAACCACGAGGGCCGUUCGCGUUCAAAAAGAAGAAAAGCCGCGGUUUUUUCAUCCCGACACAAAGAGAAGUACAAGAGUACACGAGAAGAGUGCAACAGGCCGACUCGGGUGGAUAUUGACACUCUGGUGGCUGAAGCAAAAAUGGUCCUGUUGCGGACAGAAGCAUGAUAUUGACAUGAAACCUAGUGGUAGAAUAGAAUCGCCUCGGCUCAUUGUACUAUGUAUAAAUGGAAGUUCACGUAGUUCUUGUACCACGUGAUUGUUCAUUCUACCUUUCUCACGCUCCUGUCCCGACAUCACAAGACUAGACUCAAAAGAGAGGAUUCCCGAUGAGCUCGUCUCCUUGUCCACCAGCAUACAAGAGCCCUCAUCGUCGGUCCUUUCAUAGAUAAGAACAUCGAAAUUCAAAUUCUAGUUCAUCGUUCGCGAAAAGAUAAGCCUCUUCAGUGCGAGCCUCGAAUGAUCCCCAUUGUGAUAAGUACCACUUGGUACUGGUAGGGAGAACCAGUUUCACCAAUCUUUCUCGUAGGAAGCCCUAACUGAAGAAUCACUCUACCAUCCUCAAAUUUCCGAAUCUGAAAUUGAUGAUCGGUGUAAAUACAAUCUUUCGCUGCGUCCUCCUCCCUCCAGGAAGAAAAAGGCAUUCACAUUGAGAAGUUGUUUACUAAGUCUUCGAAGUGGCCAGUCAGAUUUUCUGAAACAUACGAAGGACAUCAAGAUCGAUUCUUUCUGUUGCUCCUCUCAGUUGUUUGACAUAAGUAUUUUAGUUGGACUUUCGUACCUCCACUCCUACGUAUACUGGUGCCCCAAAAGAAACUAGUGUCGCAAACUACACUUAACCACCAAAAAAAAUGGCAGACGGAUUGCAGGACCGCAUCGUCGCGCUCAAAGAGCGUCUUCUCGCUCGUGUCAACCUCUCCCAUGAGGUUCCUGUUGCUCCCGAAGCAGCUACCAAGAACCUUCCAGAUGGGUCUAUUAGGGCUUCCGGGAAUCUGCCAUUUUGAAAAGCAUCUUGGCACCCCUCCUCACCGUCUAAGGGUCGUGGAGAAACGGAGGACCCAAGAUGACUUUCAAAAGAUGGAUUCCGGGAAGAUCUAACUCUCUUGAAGAGGGUGGCGCGCCAGGCGCUUCCUCUGACGCUGUAGCAACAGAGCAGAGUGAGCAACCUCCGGCCACGUCUCCUCCCGAAGGGUCCGCUGAUGCUGUUCAACAAGAAGAGAUGAAGAGCCCGAUGGAUGAAGAAGUCGACUCAGUUCUCGCAGAGUUGGAGCCGUUGACACUGUCGCAUCAAUUACUGUUAAGGACAAGGACAUGAAGAUUGAUGUGUGACCGCUCCGACUUGUAGUUUCUGAUUUAAUUACAACAACCCAUGGUAUGGACAUUUAGGAUUAAAACACAUGAUGUGCUGGUGAUGCUACUUCUGCCUACACAAGAAAGAAUCCUUUCUGCACUGAAGGUCUUCCGCUACGACGAAGUAGUUGCAAUACUAAGAACAUCUGUUUUUAGAAUUAUCAUCUUGUCGUACUAUCUCUAUCAUUCUAAUCCCGAAAACGACUUUGAUUGGCAAGGUGAUGCGCGACGUCUCCAUGGAUGCUAAGCUGAGUGAGGAUGUAAAGAAAAAAGCCGCUGCUUUGAUCGAAAAGUGGAAGAAGACCGUGUUGCUUUCGCAGAAGAGUAGCCGUGACCUGAGUGCAGCUACUAGUACCAGUGCCAGCUCUUCAAGUACCAAUACAGGUGCUACAGGAGCGGCGUCGAACAAAUUCCCAUUCACGCCUGUCACAGGAAACGGACAUGAUCUUGUAUUUUUAUAAGUACUAAACUAAUUCACAUGGAUAAGUUUACGGUUGUACAUUUAGACCUGUAUUACUAGAUUGAAACAUCAGCAAGUUGUACAGUAGAAAUUCUCCUGUCACUGUCCACAGCACUGCAAACGCACCAAACAACCACAGCCCGCCGAGCGAGAACGAGAAUCACGAAGAUUACCAGCAGUGAAACCCAUGAGCACUCAGGAACUACUUCCAGAUAUUAGGGGGAUGGGUAGUAGUUUGACGCAGAGUCAAGAUUUUGCCGCAGGCGAUGAUCCUCGCAUGAUCUUGCGAAUCAAGCUCGAAAAAGCGCUCUCUUAUGCGGCAAACGAAACGGAGUCGAAAAUACUUGUACUACUUCUAGUGCUACAAUUUCAUUUUCCACCACUUGUAGAAGAAUUAUGUUUUCCAAUAUUUUAAUUUUUAUAUAUAACUGCAACAUCAUCUUGCUGAUCAUCGCAGUCACAUCAGAACCUCAAACCCUCCUACAACAGGAAGGAGAAGAGCAGCUCAAAACAGAGAAGCAACUCGCUAGCGAAAUUGAGCAGGUGCUGUAUAACAAAUUGAAGGAGAAGCGGGAUUAUGCUCACCAGAGUCGAUCCAUCCUAACAAAUUUGCGAGAUGCAAAAAAUAGAGAUUUUAAGCUCAGAGUCCGCUUGGGAGCUUUUAAACCAGAGCAAAUGGCGACGCUGACAACAAAUGACAUGGCCAGUGAUGAGAAGAAUGCGGAGAGGGAGAAAACUAGAAAAGACGCCAUGGAAGAAAUCGAUCUUGACUACGAUAAAAAGAGGGCGAAGGUACUGAAAUUUAGAACGGAAGCUUUCCCCCUCCUCCCUUCCGUACUUACUCGCUCACUGCUCUCUGUGUCUAAGUCCUUUCAGUCCCUGCGCCUUGCAUCUUCUUGAAUACUACUACUACAUCUCACACUAAUCAUUCUGUUCCCUUUUAGCACGCUUCUUUCACAGGUUGGUGUUAACGUUGAGUUCAUUUUCAACAGAGUAAGAAACGCAAACAACUACAACACCUACCCCGCCAACCACCUCCCUUUACAGAUAAGUUCCUCGUUUACAUGCGGAAAGUGUGGCACUAACAAGUGUACGUAUUAUCAGCUGCAGACGCGCUCUUCCGAUGAACCGAUGACAACAUUUGUUACCUGUAUGACAUGCAAUAAUAGAUGGAAAUUCUGCUAAAAGUUCUGAUUUUUUGAUAAGUUCCAUAUUGAUGCUCGUAGGUAUAGCAGUACUCGUCCUCGUGGAAUCAAUUUGCUGCUCCAGUUGUUGUGACGAUCUAUCAUAAAGAGUGGUCGGGACGGAUAGAUGUCAUAGUUGUUGAUAAUAUCUUUGAUAAUUAAGAUAUUACAUGGGUGGUUCUUUUUAUGAUGAUGAUAAAACUUACCAUCAGAGUUCAGUUGUUGUCAGCACGACACAUAUUAUGUCGAAUACUGUAGUCAUGAACAUCUUUUUCUUCAAGCACAGCGUCGCGCCCCCCCGUCACUCCAUUAUCAUGAUGAUGCAAGUUUUCAUCUUAGUCACCACUCCACCAUUCGCAAACGCUAUCAUGAUGCAAGUCGUAAACCUCCAUCAUUCUUCGCAAACGCAAUCUUUGACUCAGCAUGAGUCAAGCUCUUCACACAACCAACGCAGGACUUUUGCAGCAGUGAAGUGUGAACUUCUUCGUCAUCCGCCAUCUCUCCAUAUACUUUCAUUCAGUUAUGGGAAUGUGUCACAUGGAGUCCAUGCGAGAGACGGUUCUUCCAAUCCCAAGAAUCAUCUUCCAUCCUAAGAGCAG